AGCAGGUAAGCGCCGUUGGAUGAAGGCUUCCGGCAGCAAACCUCUGUUGUCGCCAUGGCAACCACUUGGCGAGCCUUCCAAACACUGGAUGUGUUCACUUAUCCAGACAGCUUUGUGUUAACUUAUAUAUGUUAUUUGACAUGGAAAGGAUACUGGCAUGGAGGCUCCCUUGAAAACACCCAUGAAGAUGAAUUAAAGUGUGAGGACCAAUAGGCUGUUGAACAGUCAAGGCCAUCCAAAAAAUUCACUCAAGUCCUGGUGAUCAUCUCAUCCUAACCACAACUGUGACCCAUGUGAGGUCACACAUACAAAUCUUCACCCAAGGGGUUUGAAUGGGACCCCAGGAGAUCACACUGCUGCCAGCUAGACCAGUGCCUUCAGGCUGGAUGAUUUCUGCACUAAAAGCCAAGCAAUACAGUAAUAACCCUUGCUCUGAAAGUCAGUGAUGGAAAGCCUCAGUGACUCCGAUCCUGAUUUCUGGGAACUGGGAGGCAAGGAGGAGGGCAGUUCCAGCAAAGGGAGAAGAGCACAUCACCGAAGAAGCAAAGGGUUCCUGACCUUCCCCCCAGGUGAGCCAGAGCAUGACAGAUUAGUUGGAGGCAACUCACAUGCCAUGGACCAUGUCCGUAAAGGCGUAGAGGACCCCAAGAUGAUCAAAGAUUAUAACAACAAGACAAAGGGUCUUGGCAGUGAAGAAAAGAACAUCAGCAGUGAUGACAGUGAUGAUGAUCAUGAAGAUGACAAGAGCAAUGAUGAGGCUAAAGAUCAGAAUGAGAAAGAAGAGGAAAAGGAAGACUCCACUGAUGAUGAACAUUGCAACAAUAAUGAGGAGAGAGAGGUGGGGAGUGGUGGCAACAGUAGUGGCAACAGCAAAUCCAGUAAGCGUACAAGUAUCCUCACAGGGUCAGACCUUCCACAAGACUCCCCUAAAGAUGACACCCUCAGCAAAGACUCCUCAAAGAGCUCCAAGGGAUCCACAAACCCAUCCCAUUGGCUGGUGGAACAGUAUCUCCUCACACCACAACAGAAGCUCAAGCUAGCCCUGUAUGAUGGAAGGAAAUUCUUUGCAGCAGGAGAAGGUGAUGGAGCUGUGAGAGAGUUCGUGCGAGCCAGAGCAUUGGCACGGGUGGUACAUGGGGACCAACAUUGGCGUUACUGCAGGUGUAAGGUGUUCCUGGCUAAGAGCUACCUCUAUCUCAAGGAAUAUGCACCACAGGCAGAGGCUCAGGCAAAGGAGGCUCUGGAAAUUCUCAGGGCUCAUCUCUCAACACACCUGGCACCCACAAAAAAACCUCAGGUGCACCACACCCUGCUGUGGGGCUAUCUAGUGUGUGGAGAGGCUCGCACCCGCCUAGGCCAAUUAGCUGGGGCCCAGGAGUCUCUGGUUCACGCUCUCUACCACACUCGCAUCUAUGCCAGAAUGGUGAUGCGGUGGAAGAAACAGCUCAACCCUUCCCUCACCAUAGAUCUUCCUCUGGAUCUGCAAGUGAAAGUCCUCUGUGCACAGGCAGCUCUCUAUACUAAACAAAAAAAAAUCACCAAGGCUAAGGAAAAACUUCAGUCAAGCAUUAGACUAAUAGAGAAAAAAGGGUCAGGUCCAGAAGACCCUUGCUUGGUGACUCCCCUCCAGCAGCUUGGCCAGCUGCUUCUUGAACACCCUCAGACAAGCCAGGACAGCCAGACUGGCCUUGAUCUUCUAACUCGUGUGGUGCAUAUCACCCAAGUGAGCAAUCGUCCUGGCAGUGUAGCAGAGUGUGAGGCACGUGGCCUCUUGUUAGAACACCGGCUCCAUCUGCGCUGCAUAGAAACUCAAGAGGCCCUAAGGGAAUUGCACAAACUUGGCCUCCUCUUCUCUCGCCUGCACGGAGAGCACAGCCCUCGCACGGCUGCUAUUCAUAACCUCACUGUCCAAGUAUUGGUGCAGGAGGAGAAUUAUCCAGAGGCCAUAAAGCACCUCCUGUCCUAUCUCAAGCACUGCAAGGAGGUUCAUGGGGACUUCACCCCACAGGUCUGUGGAGUACUGAGGCAGCUAUCCAGAGUGCAUGCUCUUGCUGGGGACCUGGUUAGAGCAGCACUGGCUCUGGACCAAUGCCUACAAGCAGAAACCCUCCUCUAUGGCACUUCUUCUCGUCGUGCUCAAGCUUCUCGCCUAAGGCUACAGGAAAUGAUGCAAAAACUACCUCUAUCAUUGAGAAAGCGGAUGUGCAGAAGACACCCAGAUCUGCAAAACAAACCACGCUUCCACAAUCUAUAGGUCACUGAUCUGGCUGUGCACCCGAUGUUCUUUUUACAUCUUCAUCUGGAUUUGCCCUGAUCUGAAUUAUCCAGAUCAUGAUCUCAGUGAUCUAGAUCCAGAGGUGUUUAUGGCAGACAACACUUGCUGAAACUGCUGGUGGUGGCCUCAUUAGCAACUGAGGAGCCUCUAUUGGAGACUUACCUUAUUUCUUGGUGCAUUAGACACACUUUUUUCUUGAAAAAAGUAUCUAAUAAUUAACGUGCAUUUAAUGCACUCGUAUUACAGAUGCCUAGGCCUAUGUAACUGGGCUUAUAGCUGUGAAAUUGAAGCAGUAAUACAACAAGCACAAAUAUUGUUACUAAUAAAAAAUUAUAGAAGUACAUGAGACUUACCAUGGGUCAGUUGAAAUGUGCUUCGGAUUUUGCGAAGCAAGCCACCGCUGCUGGAGAGAGCUUUCACAUGAGAUACACAAAGAUCAAGGUACCGACAGACUUUAAAGAGCUGAGAGCCACCCACAUGCCACAAGUUCCCGAAAAAUGCCUGUCGGAAAGAGAAACACAAAGUCAAAAGCCCAGCUUUCCGAAGGGUGGGAGUGGUGGGCAUGUGAAAGCUCUCUCCAGCAGCGGUGGCUUGCUUCGCAAAAUCCGAAGCACAUUUCAACUGACCCAUGGUAAGUCUCAUGUACUUCUAUAAUUUUACUUCAGCAACCCACCGCUAUUGCUGGAGAGGCUCCACAUGAGAUUUUAAAGCCAUGUGGGUGUACUCUCAGAACUACACA